AGCGUGUCAAGAUUAUGUAACGCCACUUCGCUCGCCCCUCCCUUUAAUUUCUCAAACUCUCCCUUCCCUUUGACUCACCACACUACUCCCAUCCCUUCACAGUUCACACAAUUUCACUUCGAUAUCUUCAUUUGCUUCCCACUCCUCUCCUUGGCUAAGUGGCAGGGUGCAAAUUAUAGUUACAGUUGGCGAAUGGUAAUUAAUUAGUUGGGGUGAAAGAAGUAGAUGAUCUGAUGAUGGAAUGGUUAAUAGAGUUGAUGAUAAGUGUGUUGUUAUUGCUAUUAAAGCCGCUUCCACUGAUCACUAUGUGCGUGAAAAGCUGUGGUAUUGUCGUCCUAACUUGCAUCGAGCUUCUCAGAAACGCUAUCUCCCUCCAUCUUAGCAUCUUUUGGAGUGUCAUUACUUUGGCCUUUGCUACUUUUACCCUUCCUAUGCGUUUGUUGAACGCUCUUCAAAAUGAAAAAACACUUGAAAUGCAAUUGCAAGAAAUGCAAAUAGAGUUGGAGAGAGUGAACGGGGAAAGAAGGAGAUUGGAGAAACAACUAAGUGUGGCCGUCAAUGAACACAAGAUGAUGGCCUUAAUGUUAAGGGAACUCGAAGAUGAACUCGAUCAGGCUUUUCUCAAGAACGAACAGCUGGAGGAGGAGCUCCGGGGUCUGAAAGGAGAAAACCAACAGUUGAAGGAGAUUCGAGGGAAAGCACGUUGGAGCCAAAGGGAUCAUUUUCCCGCCAGUUCCAGCAAAAACAUUACUUAUAACAAUAAUAAACUUGUCGAGCAAGAGGUAGGAGUGGGCCUUGACCCGGCCCAAGCCCAACAUCACCAAAGAAGAAAAGCAGCGCUAGUGAAGAGUCUUUUCAGCGCGGGGUUAUCCGUGGUGGUGGGGACGACGGUGUGGACCGCCGAAGACCCUUGCGGGCCGCUCGUGGUUGCCUUAUUCGCGGUGGUGGCGAUGUCACUGAGCAGCGUCGUGGGCUUCUUCUUCGCCAUAAAAAACAAGCCGGCUUCAGAGGCGGUUGCUCUCCUCUGCUUCAACUGGUUUAUACUGGGAACGCUCACCUACCCGGCUCUGCCAAAGGUUGCUCUUUUCUUGUCUCCUUUGGGCCGUAAACUGUCCGGAGUGACAAUGAAGUUCUUCUCCGGCAGCUAUGUUGGUGGGCAGCUGAGGAUACCAGAUCUAUGGGUGGGAGCUUCAAGAGAGAUGGAAUCAAGAUAUUAGAGGAGAAGAGCUUGGGGAUAGGUGGCUUGAAAUUAGAGGUAGUUGGGACAUUUGCACAACAGACUGAUCACUAAGAAUCAUGGAGGCAAUUAGAGUUAGGGAGUAAUCAGUUGAGUAAAGAAUCUAGGAUCGAGACAUUAUAGAGAAUGAUGCUUAAAAUAUUACGACAAGACUGGAGGAAGCUAAAUGGCAAGUGAUUCCUACUUUGAUAUGAUUUUAAAGAUAUUAGCCAAAUUUCAUGGAAUAUGACUAAAAUAUAUUGAGUUUCCC